GCAAGGGUGACAUCAAGAAAGAGACACAGAGAAGAGGCAGUCAGUGACAGAAAACACAUUUCCUCUGUGUUCAGCUCUGCUCUGUUGACCCUGAGAUGUGGAAUGGCUGUGCUGUUGAGAUGAAUACUGAUCUGCAAAAAGACUGAGAAGUUACAAGCUGACGAGAUUGGCUGUCUCAGGAGGAAAUAUUUAGCGUGGAGGUACAGCGUAAGCAGCUGUCUGUUGUUAAAUAAUGUGAUGCUGAUGGACUGGUAUGGAUCAAGCGUGGAUGCUGAGUGAGAAGAAUAAGAUGUGUGCUUUUCAAAUAAAGCUGAGAACUCACAAAAAUCACUUUAAGGAUCAUAAAUACUGCUGUAAACACUUAAAAACUUGAGCUCAUAAUAAUAGCUCCUCCUUUUUCUGCUCACGCAGACAUUACGUUUUCACAUCUCUUGGAAGCAGAAGGACCAUUAUUAUUUAUUGUCACACCCCCUCACAUGCAAACAGCUUGACAUUUAAGGGUACAUCUAAUCUACGUCAGCUCCAAAAACACAACAGUGAAAUUAUGGCGACAGCAGGCUCCGGCUCCCAACCUCCUACCAGUGGAGACAGGCGGCUGGUGGACAAGGCCCUAAAAAGACUGGACAAACUCUACGAGCUCUGCACUAACCCACGGCUGAGCCUGAAGAACAGUCCACCAUACCUGCCUGACCUGGUAUCUGAGACUUCAAAGCUGCUAAUGCUGGUUUGGGAGCCAUACAGAGGACCCAGGGUGGCAGGCGGCCAGGUGCCCCGCGGAGACGAGGCCAAGUACCUGAGGGUCCACGUCAGAAACCUGCUUGAUAAGGCGGACAGGGCCGUGCUUCUGUUUAAAGAGGGACGAGAGAAGAUAUUUGAUGAAACAUCCAGCUACAGGAGGAACCUGACCAAACUGUCUCUUCUGUUCAGCCACAUCCUCUGGGAGCUGAAGGCCAUGUUUCCAGGGGGUGGUUUUCAGGGUGACGCCUACAGAGUUACCAAGACAGAAGCCGAGGAGUUUUGGAGGCAGUCAUUUGGAAAUAAGUGUAUAAUACAGUGGAGUAGUUUUAAAGAGAAGCUGAAGGCUGUACAUCCAUUUGAGGAGGGUAUGGAGUCCAUGGCCCUGAAGUCAACUAUAGAUCUCACCUGUAACGAUCACAUCUCUGUGUUUGAAUUUGACAUCUUCACAAGGCUGUUUCAGCCCUGGAGGUCUCUCAUUAGAAACUGGAACCAGCUAGCUGUGACUCAUCCAGGCUACAUGGCCUUCCUCACUUAUGACCAGGUUGUAUCUCGUCUGGAACACUACCUGCAUAGACCAGGGAGCUAUAUCUUCCGUUUGAGCUGCACAAGAAUGGGCCAGUGGGCUAUUGGUCAUGUGACCAAUGAAGGCAGCAUCAUCCAGACCAUCCCCCAGAAUACACCUCUCUACCAGGCACUCAUUCUGGGCUUCAAGGAAGGCUGCUACUUGUACCCAGAUGGCCGUGAUCGGAACCCUGACCUGACAGGCUUAAAUGAGCCAGCCGAGAAGAGCAAAGUCAAAGUAACAGAGGAGGAGUACGAGCUUUACUGUGAGAUUGGCAGCACCUUCCAGUUGUGUAAGAUCUGUGCAGAGAGGGAUAAGGACACACGUAUCCAGCCUUGUGGACAUCUCCUGUGCAAACCCUGUCUCAUUGGCUGGCAGCAGAAGUCAGCUGGGCACACCUGUCCAUACUGUCGCUGUGACAUCAGAGGGACAGAGUCCAUCCUUGUUGAGCCGUACCUUCCAGACCGAGGUCAGUGGGAGGAGGGUGAGGAAGAUGUGGAGGAGGACGACCACGAGGACAUUGAGCUGAUGGUGAAGGAGAUGGCUGCCUUGAGAAAGUUCUCCAGUUUGGAAUACCAGGUUCCCAGCUCCAGUGUCAGCCCUCCAGCUCUACCCCCAAAGAACAGCACAACCCCACGCUCCUCUUCUCCCCUCGGCCAAUCACAGACAGCCGAAACCAAGACACAGAGGAAAAGCUCCCACUCUCAUCCACACGCUCAAAGUGGAAAUGAAGCACGUGGAAGAAACAAAAAGCACACAAAAACGAACAGGUUUCAGGGGGAGGGGUCACCCAGCAGCGAGGACGAAAACUCUGCGGGUUUAAGACAGCCUAAGACAUCACCUCUGUCCUACAGUGCUGAAGUCCUCACAGAAGCUAUGUUUUCUUCUUCCUCUCCAAAUACUGUUGACAGUGGAGUAGCAUGGCUUGGACCCUCCAGCCCUGUCAAACAGAGACAAAGACAGAAGGAGAAAGAGGAACGGCGAGCUGGACUCAGGAAAGACAAAUGUGGUUUGGGCGAGGUGACGAGGACUAUGUCAUCCUAACAGAAAAAAAAAUACCACUGCACUCUACAGACUGUUGAAACAAGAAACGAUCAUCUGCAAACUAAGAUGUCUUAAAUCUACAAGCUAGUCCUCAGAGAAUGUAAAAAUAGUCUUUAAUGUCAUGUAAAAAUAUCCUUGUGUCUGCUGCACUGAUGAGACUGAGAUAAGUGGGUGGUACUGUCAGUAAAAUUGCUUAGUGAGGCCUCCUACUGUUCAAUAAUCAGACUGCAAUUAUCACCACAGCAGGUUUUGAUCUUUGAAUAAAAGAUCGCUCAGAUACCUCUCUGUCAUCAGAGCAUGUUCUGAUCCUCUUAAAUAACAAACUAAACAGGAAAAUUGAACCUUGACAAGAGCACCUUUUGAGUGUAUCCUAAAUUUGUUUUUAUAAAUAAGUUAAAAACGCAAAAUCAGGCCUCUGUUUAACUCCAUCAAACAGUCUCAGGUGCUAAAAUCAAACUAAUAAACCUCAAAGUGUCACAUGCUUCCAAGUAACUUGUGU